AUGACAACAUCAUGCGGACAUGCAUUACAUCAAGAAUGUUUCGAUGAUGCAAUAUCGAAAGGAUGUUCGAACUGUCCUGUGUGCAAAAAAAGUUUUAAUGUUGCUCAGCGCGCACCAAACGUUGUUCCAGCCAAUUCUCCAGCUAUUAAUCAGCCGGUUGCGCCGAUUGCUCCCAAGAUUGCUCCAGCUGUUGUCCAACCAGUUGCACCAAACGUUGUUCCAGCCAUUCCUCCAGCUGUUAAUCAGCCGAUUGCUCCAGCUAUUGUUGCGCCUAUUGCUCCAGCUGUUGUCCAACCAGUCGCAUUAAACGUUGUUCCAGCCAUUCCUCCAGCUGUUAAUCAACCGGUUGCUCCCACCAUUGCUCCAGCUGUUGUCCAACCAGUCGCACCAAACGUUGUUCCAGCCAUUCUUCCGGAAGUCCCAGUAACUCGGUCUGGAAAACGUGUAAGACGUGUCAAGUCAGUUGGUAUAACCAUUUCAAGAGACGUUCCAUCCGUUAGAUCUCAAAGACGCGCCAUAUCUGUUGGUGCAAUUAUGAAAUCAAUAGAAGGAAAGCCAAUUCGAGACGCUUCAUUGACAUACGUCGAAAUUGCCCGCUACAGCGGACUGAUAGCUGAAACAGACUUACCUAUGCGAUGUAAUAAUUUCUUACUAUAA